AUUUAAACGAAGAACUCCAUUAACCAAUGAUAUCGAUUUGGAAUUGAUCUGCCAUAAUGGAUUUCCACGUUGCAUCAAGUAUCAAGACUUUUGUCACAUGCAUGUCAGCAUUGCCUUUCACGUAUAUCGCAGUAUUCAUCGUCACGUGGUUAGGUAACCUGGAUGGAAUUGAAUUAUCGCAGCGCUUAAAAGCAGAACUAUGCAACAGAUUUCUCCCAAAUGAUUGGAAAUACAGCGUCUGGAGUUGUUAUGAUAUCAGAGAUAAUCACAUAGACAUGGAUGACUUUGAAUCAGUUUCACUCUUCUCCAAUGCCCAAGAAGACUUUGCAACGCUAGUGAAAACUAGUAAAUUAGAAAAUGGAGUAAAAGUUGAAAAGGAAAAUAAAUUGAUAUAUGCAACUAGAGAACUGAUAAACGUAUGUACUAAGUGGAACGUUGACAAAGAAGUAUACAGGAUCUCACCAGUUAUUGCCACAACAAUACUUGACAAACUAUGUCCCAUGUUGAAUGUCCAUAUACAACACAUUAAUGAAGACGAAAGUACUCCCUGGUCAAAUGUCUAUACUGUAUUGGCCAAUAUGGAUAGCCAUCAUGAAAUGGAUAUUGCAAAUGUUGUAUCACAAUGUGACGUUAUAACUAAUGACUCCGUUAACCGUAUACGCCACAACGCGUCAGGAAAUUACUUUAAACAUGUGGUCAGCCCCGUACUGGAAUAUAUGAAGUUGUAUGUGAAGGACGAUGCGUUUUUGCAAAUCGUUACCUCUGACGAACUACUGGCCAAAGCCGCACCCAUGGCCCACGUGAUGGAAAUAGCGUUACCAGCCCAUAUUAGUACAAGUCCCGAAAGAUCAACGGAUUCGUUGUUGAGGUUGUUUAGCUCUUUCCCAGAGGCAGCAUCUAUGUUUGCAUUUGCUCUUGAACACAAUCUCGUCCAGUACCCAACGAUUAAUGCAGAUACACAAGAUGAGGCAAUGGCACAGUGGAGCGUAUUCAUCGCAAGUUUGCAAGUUAUGGUAACAACAAUGUUCGAUAAGCUUGCGUCUUUCUCACAAAUCGCAUCAAUCAAAGGUAUGAAUAUGAACCUAGACUCACCAUUGGAUGGUUACUGGGAUAAAUUUGCAAAAGACGGGCCAUCAAAGGCAUACCUGGCAAACCUCUUUGACAGAAUUUCCAAAACUAAGGUCCAUCCUGAAUAUUAUGCCACCAUGGCAUACAGUGUAAAUAUCGCAGACAAGGUUACUUCAUACCUAUUCGCAAAUAACGCGGUCAAUGUAGAUACAACACUAUCACGGAGAAGACUCGCAGAAACUGUAAUAUUCCACCUGAUUCAAAUGUGCAAAUUUGCUUUAGCAGACAAGGAUAAAACCGGUCAAGUGUCGUUAUACGAAUUUGCUGGAACUGUAGUCAAUAAUGUAGACCCGGAGCAGCUGAAACAACAAGUACAGCAAAUAUUAGAGAAACAAGGAAAGAUUAUGGUACAAUAUGACCUCGAUUUCAUCAAUUGGCGUGCUAAAGUAGUAAAGAGACAAUAUAGAAAGGCAUUAGAAGAAAUUAGCGGAAAAUACAAUGAAGUGCUUGAUACUUUCAUGAUAAUAGAUGCUGAUGGAUCGGGUGACCUGUCAUUGCAAGAAUUCUUCCAACACGCAUACAUAACGGCGCCACUCACUAUGUUGGACAUACGUGCGUAGAUUAC